AUGCCGUCCAUCAGGCCAUGCCACCUCAGCCAGCGCCCAUUCAAUCCAAGAGCAUACCAGCGGAUAGAAAGCAGUCUUAGGAGAUCGUUAGCCACUGCUGGAACACACCGAACGCCCAAGCCAUUCAAUGAACAGAAUCUUCACUACGCCAAGUCCUCGCCAGAGAGGAAACAGUUGGAGGAAGCACUCAGCCGGCUUCGGUCUCAGAUUCCAGUAGCAGUACCGUCUAUCGCUUUUCAUGGAGGAGGAAAGCUGUCGCAGAGUAUGCCUGCUGAUCACGGAACCGUCCUUGCAAACUACGAGACUGCCACAGAGCAAGACGUGUCAACAGCAAUUGAAUCGGCUUUGAAGGCGAAACAGGAGUGGACGAGCAUGUCGUUUUUCGAUCGUGCGGCCAUUUUCUUACGUGCUGCCGAGCUGGUCUCGGGAAAGUAUCGCUUUGAGAUCAUGGCGGCAACAAUGCUGGGUCAGGGUAAGAAUGCCUGGCAAGCAGAGAUCGACGCAGCCGCAGAGCUGGCCGACUUCUUCCGUUUCAAUGUUUCUUUCGCACAAGAAAUCUACGACCGACAGCCGACAAUCAAUGCCCCUGGUCAUGCUGGCCGAACCGAUUGGAGACCAUUGGAAGGAUUUGUGUACGCCGUCUCGCCAUUCAACUUUACCGCCAUCGGUGGCAACCUAGUCUCCGGACCAGCUCUGCUUGGUAAUGUUGUGAUAUGGAAGCCAUCGCCUGCAUCGAUACUUUCAAGUCAUCUGGUUUACAAGAUACUGUUGGAAGCUGGACUACCUCCAAAUGUUGUACAGAUGGUUAAUGGCGACGCCGAAAUGAUCACCAAGGCUGUCUUCGACCAUCCUGAGUUUGCUGCCUUGAACUUUACAGGAUCCUCCGAUGUCUUCCGAUCCCUCUACUACAAAGCCGCAGAAGGCGUCGUGACAAAGAAAUACAAGGAGUUUCCCCGGUUUGUGGCCGAGACCUCCGGAAAGAACUUUCACUUGGUCCAUUCUUCGGCCGAUAUCUCCAACGCGGUCAAACAUACCAUGCGAGCGUCGUUUGAGUACUCCGGACAGAAGUGCUCAGCCUGUUCGCGUAUCUAUCUGCCUGCAAGUCGAUCAGAGGAGUUCCUCGACGAGUUGAAGACUCAUCUGAAGACCAUCAAAAUGGGCGAUCCGGAAGACUUCGGCAAUUUUCUGGGACCUGUUAUCAAUAAGCCAGCCUUCGACCGUGUCACUAAGGUGAUAGAAUCGGCGAACAAGGACUCCCAGCUCGAUAAAGUGGCUGGUGGAGGAUACGAUGACAGUAAGGGCUACUACAUCGAGCCGACGGUGUAUAUCGCGAAGACUCUCGAGCACGACCUGUUCAAUAAGGAACUUUUCGGGCCUGUGCUGGUCGCUUAUGUCUACGAAGAUGCCGAGUAUGAUUCUCUGCUCGCGAAGAUCGACAAACAGGGCGGUGGCUUUGCUUUGACUGGUGCCAUCUUCGCAAAUGACCCCGUCGCAAUCAAUAAAGCGGAAGACAAGCUACGUUAUGCAGCCGGUAACUUCUACACCAACUGCAAAACUACUGGGGCAGUGAUUGGACAGCAAUCUUUCGGUGGUGCCCGAAGCAGCGGCACGAAUGACAAGGCAGGAAGUGCUGACUCACUAAGACGAUUCGUUUCUCCUAGGACGCUGAAGGAGGAAUUCAACAGGUUGGAUACCGUGUUGUAUCCCAGCAACUUGUGA